GCUUUUUGUCACACAUAAAUAGUGGCGGCACAAUCCUCGGUGGAUCGACAGCAUGGACGCUGUUACGCAUCUCGUACUACUUCUGGACGUCAGAUCUUGGCGUGGAGCUAGGAUGUAGUGUGCUGUUCAUCACCGGUUCACUACUUUGUCUCCCUGCCUGCUGGCUCUGCACCAUUGUACCUUAUCAUACGAAGUCGCAAACGCUUGUAACCACUUUAAUGGCAUUGGCGACGGUAUCGAUGCUGCUGUUGUCUCUGGGACUGUCGUCGGCAGCGGGGCUGUCGCGUGCGGUGCGUGAUCCGGGACCACUCAAUGCUAGCAUGCUGCGUGCCAUGGAGCGGGACCCCGUCGAUACUGCUGUCAAGAGCUCAUUUGCUGCAAUGCAGCUUGAGCUCCGCUGCUGUGGAGUGCAGUCUUACUCUGAUUGGUACCGGUACCGUCAAGCUCUUCCACCAGCCUGUUGUGGCAGAGUAUGGAAUGGAAAGCAUUUAGAUCAAUGCAAUGUGCCUUUGUUCAAAACUGGAUGUUUGCAACGGGCAUUGCUGGAGCUACGCAGCUUUACUAAUGCAAUUUGCGCUCUCGCAUCCGCCAUUGUGAUGGUCCUGGUUAUGAUUUACGGCAUACCGACCUACUAUAGACGACGACUUGGCAUUUAUUUAACGGAUAUUAACAUGGAAUCUGGGUGUGUUGAAGUAUUUUGUGUUAAUUGCGGUUCAGCUUCUGGUUGCAUGGUAUUAGAAGAUGAGCAGAUCCUUCAGUGUAUACAACACUGGGUUGCUCCAAGAUUGGGUGUAACACUAUUCACGGCGGCCUACGUAGUGGUAUCAGGGGUGGUGGAGCGUGGUGAGGGCCGUAACAAGCUCCAGCCGCAGCCGCUUCGGAUCGCGUGCCUCACACAACCACAGCUCCUGUCUCUCGCGCCGCAAAUGCAAACCGCGCAGUAUAUGCCGCAGCCCACGUCGCCAACGGUCAUGUGAAAGUAUUUUGCCUACCGAUCAUCCUAUCCGUCUUAAAGCUACUUAUCCAAUGUCAACAAAAUUGGUAAUACAAAAAGACUGGGAAUGCACGCGUUGUGUAAUAUUUAUCAUGCAUUUUAUUUACUGGGCUUGUUUCUAGACGUUCGUGCUUUUAAUAUUGAUAGUGUAGCUUGUUUUAUGUGUUCUUUUGGGAUAUAGGAAAAUCCUGUUCAUUCUCACAUCCUAUUUACAUUCCUCUAUUAGACGUCUCCUCGUAUCCUCAUUAAUGAUGAUCGUGAUCUCUCAUAGGUUGUUUGUUGAUUUAUUG